UAUGUAUAUAAUUAUUGUUUUAGACAGACAUAAUGUCGCUCCGCAAAAUAUUGGUAGCAACUAAACCAUUGUCCAGAAGUAUCCAUGGAAGCAAACCUUUAUGUGAAGAUGCUCGUUUGAAAAAUUUAAAGGAAUGGCAAGCAUUUUUCCAAAGACCUGAUGGUGUACCAGUUUACCUGAAACGUGGAAUGACUGAUCGCCUUUUGGUUGGUUUCAUAGUCAUUGGUACUUUUGCCGGAUUUGCAAACUCAUUCAAGUACUUGUACGAAGAAAUAAUUAAACCAUGAAUAAUGUAUAUAUGUAGAUUUUACAGUUAGUUUUGUAAUUAUAAUAAUAAUACAGUGAGAAAAUGUUAUAACU